AUGAAGAACACACUACAGAGCAUACUCCAAACCAUCAUGUGCCACAACCACCUCAAGCUGUGUUUCCAGCAUGCAUCUGUGCAGCAGUGCUCCCCAUUGUCCAUUUGAUGGAAGAUGGAGAGGUCCGGGAGGAUGGAGUAGCUGUAAGUGCUGUUGCUCAGCAAGUCCUGUGGAACUGCUUAAUUGAAGACCCCUCCACAGUUUUGCGCCACUUCCUCGAGAAGCUCACAAUCAGCAACCGACAGGAUGAGCUGAUGUAUAUGUUAAGGAAGCUCUUGUUGAACAUCGGAGACUUCCCUGCACAGACAUCUCAUAUCCUCUUUAACUACUUGGUAGGAUUGAUCAUGUAUUUUGUGCGCACCCCGUGCGAAUGGGGCAUGGAUGCCAUUUCUGCAACACUUACCUUCCUUUGGGAAGUGGUGGGUUAUGUAGAAGGGCUGUUCUUCAAGGAUCUCAAACAGACUAUGAAGAAGGAACAAUGUGAAGUGAAGCUGCUGGUGACUGCCUCGAUGCCAGGCACAAAGACCCUUGUCGUGCACGGACAGAAUGAGUGUGACAUCCCAACUCAGUUACCAGUCCAUGAGGACACACAGUUUGAGGCUCUGCUGAAGGAGUGUUUGGAGUUCUUUAACAUACCUGAAACGCAGUCUUCUCAUUACUUUUUAAUGGAUAAGCGAUGGAAUCUUAUUCAUUACAACAAGACCUACGUCCGGGACAUUUAUCCUUUCCGGAGGUCAGUUUCUCCCCAGCUCAACCUGGUGCAGAUGCAUCCAGAAAAAGGUCAAGAGCUCAUUCAGAAGCAGGUGUUCACUCGCAAGCUAGAAGAGGUGGGGCGGGUGUUGUUCCUCAUAUCGCUGACACAGAAGAUCCCUACUGCCCACAAGCAGUCCCAUGUAUCUAUGCUCCAGGAAGACCUUCUCCGCUUGCCUUCAUUUCCCCGAAGUGCCAUUGAUGCUGAGUUCUCACUCUUCAGUGAUCCCCAAGCUGGGAAAGAGCUCUUUGGUCUGGACACACUUCAGAAAAGCUUGUGGAUUAAGCUGCUGGAGGAGAUGUUCCUUGGCAUGCCCAGCGAGUUCCCCUGGGGAGAUGAGAUCAUGCUGUUCUUGAACGUCUUCAACGGUGCCCUGAUCCUGCACCCUGAGGACAGUGCCUUGUUAAGGCAGUACGCUGCCACAGUCAUCAACACUGCUGUGCACUUUAACCACCUCUUCUCCCUCAGCGGGUACCAGUGGGUCCUGCCCAGCAUGUUGCAGGUAUACGCUGACUAUGAGAGCAACCCGCAGUUACGCCAAGCGAUUGAGUUUGCCUGCCGCCAGUUCUACGUUCUGCACCGCAAGCCCUUUAUUCUGCAGCUGUUUGCAAGUGUGGCUCCUCUCCUGGAGUUCCCUGAUGCCACAAGCAAUGGAACCAGCAAAGGAGUGUCAGCUCAGUGCCUGUUUGACCUGCUGCAGUCUUUAGAGGGAGAUACUCCAGACAUUUUGGACAUCUUAGAGCUGGUGAAAGCAGAAAAGCCUCUCAAGUCGUUAGACUUCUGCUAUGGGAAUGAAGACUUGACCUUUUCGAUCAGUGAAGCCAUCAAGCUGUGUGUGACAGUGGUGGCCUACGCUCCUGAAUCAUUCAGAAGCCUCCAGAUGCUGAUGGUCCUGGAAGCACUGGUUCCCUGUUACUUGCAGAAACUGAAGCGACAGACCUCUCAAGCGGAAACUGUGACAGCAGCUCGUGAGGAGAUUGCUGCUAUGGCUGCCCUUGCCACCUCUUUGCAGGCCCUCUUGUACAGUGUAGAAGUUCUCACCAGGCCUAUGACAGCCCCACAGAUGAGUCGCUGUGACCAAGGCCACAAAGGGACCACAACAGCAAACCACACCAUGUCAGCAGGUGUGAACACCAGGUACCCAGAACAGGGAGCCAAAUUGCACUUUAUCAGGGAGAACCUUCAUUUACUGGAGGAGGGCCAGGGUCUUCCCCGAGAGGAGCUGGAUGAACGAAUUGCUAGAGAGGAGUUCAGGAGACCACGGGAGUCACUGCUGAAUAUCUGCACAGAGUUUUACAAGCACUGUGGUCCAAGGCUGAAGAUUUUGCAGAACCUGGCUGGUGAGCCCCGAGUGACUUCUCUGGAGCUACUGGAUGUGAAGUCUCACAUGAGGUUGGCAGAAAUCGCCCAUUCCCUGCUGAAACUGGCACCUUACGACACGCAGACAAUGGAAAGCCGAGGUCUCCGGCGCUACAUCAUGGAGAUGCUGCCCAUCACUGACUGGACAGCUGAGGCGGUGAGACCUGCCCUUAUCCUCAUCUUAAAGAGACUGGAUCGUAUGUUCAAUAAAAUUCACAAGAUGCCUACGCUGAGGCGCCAGGUUGAGUGGGAGCCUGCCAGCAAUUUGAUUGAAGGGGUUUGUUUGACACUUCAGAGGCAGCCAAUCAUAUCCUUCCUGCCUCACCUUAGGUCUCUGAUCAAUGUGUGUGUCAAUCUGGUGAUGGGAGUGGUAGGACCCUCCAGUGUGGCUGACGGAUUACCCCUUCUUCAUCUCAGCCCUUAUCUCUCGCCACCUCUGCCCUUCAGCACAGCUGUUGUCCGGCUUGUAGCAUUGCAGAUACAGGCUUUGAAAGAAGAUUUCCCCCUAAGCCAUGUCGUCUCCCCAUUCACCAAUCAGGAAAGAAGGGAAGGAAUGCUUUUAAACCUACUGAUUCCAUUUGUGCUCACAGUAGGAUCUGGAAGCAAAGACAGCCCCUGGCUGGAGCAGCCUGAGGUCCUGCUACUGCUCCAGACAGUUAUCAAUAUCCUCCUGCCACCUCGCAUCAUCAGCACUUCCCGCAGCAAGAAUUUUAUGCUGGAGAGCUCCCCUGCCCAUUGCUCCACCCCAGGGGACGCGGGGAAGGACCUGCGGCGGGAAGGGCUCGCAGAGUCCACCAGCCAGGCUGCCUACCUGGCCCUGAAGGUGAUCCUUGUUUGCUUUGAACGCCAACUGGACAGCCAGUGGUACUGGCUAAGCCUGCAAGUCAAAGAGAUGGCGCUGCGGAAGGUGGGAGGGCUGGCCCUGUGGGAUUUCCUCGACUUUAUCAUACGAACACGGAUCCCUAUCUUUGUGCUCCUUCGGCCCUUCAUCCAGUGCAAGCUGCUGGCCCAGCCGGCGGAGAACCGCGAGGAGCUGACUGCCCGCCAGCACAUCGCCGACCAGCUGGAGAGACGCUUCAUACCGCGGCCGCUCUGCAAGAGCUCCCUCAUUGCCGAAUUCAACAACGAGCUGAAGAUCCUGAAGGAGGCAGUGCACAGCGGGUCUGCUUACCAAGGGAAGACGUCUGUCAGCACCGUGGGCACCUCCACCUCCGCUUACCGCCUGAGCCUGGCCACCAUGUCCCGCUCCAAUACCGGCACUGGCACAGUCUGGGAGCAGGACAGCGAGCCUUCCCAACAGGCCUCGCAGGACACGCUGAGCCGCACAGAUGAGGAAGAUGAAGAAAAUGACUCCUUGAGCAUGCCCAGUGUGGUAAGUGAACAAGAAGCAUACCUUAUGGGUGCCAUUGGGAGGAGGCGGUUCUCCAGCCAUCUCUCCAGCGUGUCUGCACCUCAGGCUGAGGUUGGCAUGUUACCCAGCCAAAGUGAACCUAAUGUCCUCGAUGACUCCCCGAGCCUGGCCACUGAGGGCAGCCUCUCUAGGGUGGCAAGCGUGCAAAGUGAGCCAGGACAGCAGAACCUUCUUCUGCAGCAGCCCCUGGGGCGGAAGAGAGGCCUACGGCAGCUUCGACGACCGCUGCUGUCACGUCAGAAAACUCAAACUGAACCUCGCAGCCGCCAUGGGGCUCGACUUUCAACCACGCGGCGGAGCAUCCAGCCAAAGCCAAAACCUAGCGCGGAGCAGAAACGGUCAGUGACUUUCACUGAAGCCCAGCCUGAGGCAACAGCCUCCCCAGGGGAGCAGCUGGCUCCAGCAGCGCAGCAGCAGGGCUGCGGCAGCGCCAGCCCCCAGGCCACCAGCAAGCAGGAACCGCCAAGCAAAGCCGUGCUGACUUCUUCACCUGCCAUCGUUGUAGCUGAUCUCCACAGCCAGGCUGCUGGCCAGAGUGAGGCGCUUUCUACCGACAAGGAGAAGGAAAAAGAAGAGGGCUUAGAGUCCCGGCCAGCCGCAGCACAAAGCAGCCCACCCACACAGCUCUCUGACCCCGAGGACUACGCUGGCCUCGAGACCACCAGCUUGCUGCAGCACGGGGACACCGUCCUUCACAUCAGCGAGGACAAUGGGAUGGAGAACCCCUUGCUGGCCACUCACUUCAGCUUCACGCACGUGGAGCUUGGGGAGACCGACGUCGAUCUAGAUGAAUCUCACGUCUGA